GGAAAACUAGCAUCCAUUCUGACGCCGCACAGCUUAUUACUUUUAACUUCGUAUCAUUUGGAUAUAUUUAAGAGUACAAAUAACACAGAGUACAUAAACUUACAUUCUCUGUGACAACUAGGUAUAUCAGUACCUAAUAAACGAGGUCCAGUUGAUAUUUAAACUGUUUCCCGUAAAUAUGGUCUGCUCUGAGACCGUAUGCUAAUUAUUUAUAUUGUAUUUUGUGUCAGCAGUAAAAUGUCCGAAGAAGGAUAUCGACAGAGAGAAAACGGUAUUUUUACAAGAGCUAUUCAUGGAGGAUUUGAACCCCAAGAUGAAUCCACUUGGCCCGUUAUGCCUUCGAUAGUAGUGUCCGCUGUAUUUGAACAAGAAACUCCAGGACGUGAUAGAGAAUUUAGAUAUUCACGCAUUCGAAAUCCAACAAGGACGGUAUUAGAAAAAUCUCUGGCUGAAAUAGAGAAUGCAAAAUAUGCCCUGUGUUUCUCAUCAGGUUUAGGAGCUGCAACAACAAUUAUUAGUCUAUUAAGUUCAGGAGAUCACAUAAUUGCAGGGGAAGAGCUUUAUGGUGGAACGUACAGACUAUUCAAAGAGAUUUUCCCGAGAAUGGGUAUGCAAACAACGUUUGUUGAUACUCGGGAUCCGAAAAAUAUUGAAAAUGCGAUGACUGAGAAAACAAAACUUGUAUGGAUUGAAACUCCUACAAAUCCCAUUCUGAGAAUUACCGACAUUAAAAGUGUGUCAGAAGUUGUUCACAAGCAAGAAGGAGUACUUCUAGUGGUAGACAACACAUUUCAAACUCCUUAUUUUCAGAGACCACUCGAAUUAGGAGCUGACAUUUCUAUGUAUUCUUUAACAAAGUAUAUGAAUGGACAUAAUGAUUGCAUAAUGGGCUCUAUUUCUACCAACCAAGAAAGUAUAUAUGAAAAGUUACACUUUCUUCAACAUGCAUUGGGCAUAAUUCCAUCACCGCAUGACUGCCAUCAACUAUACCGAAGUUUGAAAACUCUUCCAUUAAGAAUGGAGCAGCAUAUGAAAAACGGUUUAGCAUUAGCCAAAUACCUAGAAAAACAACCACAAGUUGAAAAAGUGAUAUAUGCAGGUCUUAUAUGAGCCACGUUAUGUUGUCAAAUGAAGAGAAGAUUAAACUUGGAAUAACAGACAACUUGAUCCGCGUGACUGUUGGUUUGGAAUCGAUAGACGACAUCAUAGCAGACUUUGAUCAAGCAUUCAAACAUCUUCUCAACUCGAAAUAAAAUUAUAUCUCUCAUAUCAAUCUCUAUUAACAAAUUGUCAGUAAAUAAGCUCAAACAUUCAAGCAAGUUGUAAACAUAAAA